GCUUCGACAACGUAAACGAUAAAGUCGCAAAUCGCGCAUCACUGCGCCUCGCUGGCUCGUCUCGUGCGUGCAUUCCAUGUGAAUAACUACUGUAACUAGCAGCCUAAGCGAUUUUGGAUUACGCUUUUGCAUAAUUAAGAAAUUAAAAAAACCCAUUUUGGAUAACAAUUGCGGAUUAAACAGCGCCAUGUUGAGCAUCACUUACAAAGUGUGCGCCAUUUUGUUGGCAACAACGAUGCUUUGGCUGGAUCCGGCGCAGACGCAGCUAUUGGACGAGGAUGAGGAUCUGUUUGGACGGCCCUGGCCAACGUACAGUUUGCAGAAUAUGCCCAAGACGCAGUUUACUUGUCGCGAUAAAAUACUUGGCGGCUACUAUGCGGAUCCAGAGACGCAGUGUCAGAUGUUCCAUGUGUGCGUGAAGCUGCCGGGCAUAGGGCUAUCACAUCGCAGAGCUAAUUCGUUUGUCCAACAGGUGCAAGACUAUCGCUUCCUCUGCCCCAACAGCACGGCCUUCGAUCAGGAGCUGCAAAUUUGCGCCAACUGGGCGGACGUUGAUUGCGACAAGGCCACCGCCUACUAUGACAACAACAAUUUGAACGAUUUAUAUCGCGGCGGUGACGAGAGCAAAGCAGCCCACGAGGAGGAGGCUACCUUCCAUUUGCAGCGUGCCGAAAGCGCUGAUGUUCGUCGCCACAAGGAGCAGCAACAGCAGCAGCAGCCAAAGACGCGCUCGAGACAUAACUAUGCGAAUGCCAAUUCCAAUGCCAAUUCCAAUUUAAAUGCGGACAGCACGCCUGCUAGUAAGCGACCCAUCUCCAGCUAUUAUACGCCCACCACAAGCAGCAGCAGCAGCACCACAACCACCAGCACUGAGCGCAGCUACUACAACAACCACAAUUAUAAUAACAACAACAACGAUGAUUCAAAACAAGACAUCGAUGAUAUCUUCAAGGGUUCCCACAGCUCGCACUUCUUUGCAAACCGUCAUGGUGGACGCGAAUUCGACGAGGAGCCCGCGCAGCGUGUGCGUCCCAAUGACGUUAAUGAUUACACUCGCAAGACCACCGAGGCAGUUGGCAAAACACGUGCCACGCCCACACGCGCCCAAACAACAGCAUCCACUACAACAACGACAACAACAGCUGCGCCUACAACAAAAGCGCUGAAGAAGAUAACGCUGCAUGCUGCAUACAAUACAGACUUCCAGGACUUCACUUCCCAUUAUAGAUCCACCACGCCCAGUUCGGUGACGCCCACGGCUGCAACCACGCCACGCCUGGGCAGUGGGAUUACCAGUCGCUUUAGCUUUGGCCAGAGCGACUAUCAAACCCAGGAGCGCAUACAGCCCACCACCUACAAUCCCAAUGCCAGUGGCUUUCGCAAGAGCACCGUGUCCAGCGCCACCAAGCUCAGCGGCAAGAAUGCCCAAGACUUUGAUAAGGAAACCACACGCCGCAGCAAGACCACUGUGAUUACCACACGCAAGCUAAAGCUGGGCCCCCAGGAGUCCAACUAUGUCAAUCACAAUGAGUUCGUUGAGCUGCCCAGACACAAGUUGCAACAGCCGCAGCCCUUCCAGGCGCAGCGCAAGCCAGCGCAGUUGGAGCCGCAGUAUCAGCGUCCCAAAGCGCCAGCGCAGCCUUUGACGCGUGUAGGCAACCAGGAGCCAACGCCCUUCAAGGCGGCGACCAGUGCCAGGCCGCGCGUCAUCAGCAAUCGCGGCAGCAUCACCUACAAGGCUACCACGCAACGUUAUGUGGAUGAUGAGAUUCACUAUCCCACCACCACCACCAGCAGUGCAGUUAGUCCAAGUGCCGCUGUUGCUGUCAAGAAGUUGUCCACGCAUGCCGCCAGAGAUGCCUUUACGCCCACUACCUUCAAGCCUACGACUUAUAAGAAAUCCUACGAGCAGAGCUUCUAUCAAACCCAACAGACACAGCGUCCUAGCCAAGCUGCCGUGCAGAGCAUUAGCAAGAAAACGUCGCCCGUAACUGCUAGCUUGCCCACAACUGCCAAUCCGUACUACAACGUGGAUGAGGACGAUGGUCAAUACCAUCCGGAGCUGUACGAGAACGAUUUUCCACGCAACCGCUUUAAGUUCCUACGCAAUCGCUCCAGCAGCUCAACCACCAGCAGCACCACCAGUGCACCAGUUAGCAGCAGACAGCCACAUGGCUUUCAGCAGGCGCACAGUCAUCUGCGCAGUCAACAGCAGUCUGCCUAUCAGAAGGAGCAAUCCGAUCUGAGCGAUGAGGAUGAGCUCUUCAAGACUGCGCAGUCAUUGAACUUUGGUGCUGCCAGCAUUAACAAGCUACGCGCUGACAUCUACAAGGCCGAGAAGACCUCGCAGCAGUAUAACUCGCAGUACAGUCCACAAGCAGCAGCGCCAUCUAGUCCGAAGACGACCAGCAGUAGCAGCAGCAGCAGCAGCAGCUCAACAACAACAACUACAAUAGCCAGCACUACCAGACGCCCCACAACAAGUACUACAACAACCACCACAACAACGACAACCAGUUCCCCAGUUGAGAAGAAGACUGGCAAAAGCAAAAAGGAGCAACAAAAGGAAAAGAAGAGCAAGUCCAAUGGCAAAAGGCCAGCGCAUGCUGACGAGGAUACUAGCUAUGAUUAUGCCUACUAUGACACGGAUUAGGUUCAUUCCCCCCGUCCAUCCAUAUACUGCGCCACAACCUACUUAACAUUUGCCUCUCUACAUACUCUUCUUUUUAUAGGUGCCACAGUAUUUUAAAUAUCACAACUUUUAUUCCGCCCUCCGUCUCCAAUUCAAUUGCAUUUUCCAGAAACACUCGCGUAGAUUCAUUCAACUCUGUUGCAUUCUAAUGAAUUCCCAAGCGUGUAUCUAGUUAUUUAAAUAAAAACAAAAUACAAAACAUAUGUAUGUUUAGUCGUUAGACAAUUGUUAAACUAAAGUGCAGCGAAACUUUAAAUCAUAACUUGUAAAUGCAGCUGGCAAAAUUUGUAAACGAAUUACUAUUUUCGAAUUAACUGUAUGCUGUAAUGUGUUUUAUUCAA